CGUCAUUCACAGUGUGGAAUUUUCCGCCACUGCUGUGGAAGAUCGGCAUCUGAAUCAGACGUGCAGAAAUUUGGAUGAACUUGGCCGUGAAACAGUGUCUGUUCGUUAAAAAUGUCGUGGUUAGAUCUGGUAGAAACGACGCCUCAGGGUGUAACGGAAAACGAACAGGCCCUGCUGGCGGCGAUUCUGCAAGGUGACGCGGGGAAGGUGAGAGGACUGUGCACACAACCUGAAGUGGACCUGCACAGGAAGGUGACGCGGCAUGGGGAGGGCGAUCUCGCCUCGCUGGAGUGGGAAGACUCCUUCCUGUGCACCGCCGCCGAGCUGGGGCACGAGGAGAUCGUCAGGGAGCUGGUGGCGGCCGGGGCCAAGGUCAACCUGCUCUGCCGGGACAGGGACGGCUUCACGCCGCUGAUACGGGCCAUCGUGCACGACCAGGUCCCAGUUGUAGAGGCACUUCUCAGGGACCUUGGGGCAGAUGUCCACCUGGCAGACUGCUGCCAACAGUCACCCCUGCACCACGCGGUCCGCCGUGUCCAUGAACAGAAGCGUCUGCGGAUCCUGCUCAAGUACGGGGCGACCGUCAAUGCGCAGGACAUGUGGGGGUACACACCGCUGGUGGCAGCUAUCCAAGACGGCGGGCCGGUGCUGACAGUGGAGGUACUUCUGAAGGAGUUUGGUGCUGACCCAAACCUGGCUGACAACAAUGGCCGCACUCCCCUGCACUGGGCCAUGCGCUCCGAUCACGCCGACAAGCUACUGCCUAUGUUGAAGGAAGCGGGGGCUGACGUGAAUGCCCGGAACAAGAACGAAGCCACUCCACUGAUCCGAGCAAUUCUGUUUGACCGUGUUUCAGCUGUAGAAACUUUGGUUCGAGAUUACAAAGUCGAUCCCAACGUGCCUGACGACAUGGGGCUGACUCCUUUACACUGGGCCGCCAAAUCGAGACAGCCUACCCUGUUGGUGAAAACUCUUCUGGCAGCAGGAGCAGACGUGAAUGCUAAGGAUGAGCAUGAGCAAACACCCCUGCAUGUUGCGUCUGGUUCAAACUCUGCAGAAACGAUCUCAUUUUUAGUGGAUGCUGGUGCAGAAGUGAACUCCGUUGACACAAAGGGAAACACAGCCCUCCAUGUUGCUGCACGGGAAAAUGCCAACACUGAAGUUUUCAAGGCCCUUAUCAGCCAUGGCAUCAACAUUAACGCUAAGAAUGAUGAAGGGGAGACAUCAUUGUUGUUGACAAUGCUGACACAGGCCAGUGACGCCUUCCAAACACUGCUCGACUCCAAUGCGGACCUGCGGAUUAUGAGUGACACAGAUGACUCCCUCUUGCAUAUGGCAGCACGAAGGGACGCCAAGGACCUUGUACGGAUGCUGCUACAACAAGGGGUGGAUGUCAACACCAGCAACGCUGUGGGGGACACUGCGCUGCACGCCGCAGCACGCAGAAAUGCAGACGAAGCAGUCCAAGAGCUGAUUGGAAAAGGCUGCAGCCUGAACGCGAAGAACACGAAUGGUGACACCCCUCUUCACCUGGCUGCCAAAUGCGCCUAUGCCGGGUGGGACGAGACACACAUCGUACAGAUCUUAGUGGAGAGCGGCGCUGACCCCAGUCUGAGAAACAAGGAGGGAAAAACACCUUAUGAGGUGGCUAAGGACUGCAACUUUCCAGAGGCCACAGAGUACAUCUACAAGGGACUGGAAGAGUAGAAUCUUCCCCUUCUGCUGUAGCUAGUUGAUGGUGUUCAACUGUAGAUGUUAUGUGAUUCAUUGUGCUAACAAUGAUCAAUGGACAUACAAUUAAUCUCAUAUCAUUGUCUUAUCCAGCCUCAGAAUAAAUUGUAACUAUGUGAUUUAAGCAGCGAGGACUGUUUAAAUGGACAGAUGUAUAAUGUUACAAAUGGUGGUUUAAUACAUUGUAUAUGGAAAAGCUCUUUUUUUUUCAGAAAUGACGUUGUCAUCUUAAUUUGUAAUUGCUAAUCAUUUCCAUUGAGUAGGCUAAUUUUUGCGCAGUGCGCACUUGAUAAUGGCAUUUGUAAAGAUUAGUGGAUUUUAUAAUGCUGGAUGUUUGUUGUGCCAAUGGUAAAUAAAGUGGACAUUUUAUGUUUGUUUUUUUUAGAUCUUUACUUUUACAUGUUUCAGUUCAAAACCUUCAGUUGCUAUCGGUGGGAUGGAUGUAAAAGCCUUUUAAGCAGAAAAAAAUGUAACGUUUUCUUCUGGAACUUGCAGCCAAGAAAAAGGGAGGGAUAAUAAAGAUUGA